CGGAGAAUCCGGCGGCGACGAAACGGUUCAGAAUUUUGAUUCUGCUUCUCAUUGUGCCGCCGCAACUACCCGACUAACUAGCUUUCAUAUUCCUUCCAUCUGAUUUGAUAAUGGCGAAAACUAAGCAACAAAAAUCUAAGCCUAAGAAACAACCGCAUCAGGUGAAGAAGAAGAAACAAGGAAAAGAUUGUGAUCUCUCUCAGUUUCGUGCUCAGCUUGACGCUUUAGGGCUUAAGAUUAUCCAAGUUACUUCAGACGGUAAUUGUUUCUUCAGGGCACUUGCCGAUCAACUAGAAGGCAAUGAGGAUGAACACAACAAGUACCGUAACAUGGUUGUACAGUAUAUAGUGAAAAAUCGUGAGAUGUUUGAGCCUUUUAUUGAAGAUGAUGUCCCCUUCGAUGAUUACUGUAAAACCAUGGAUGACGAUGGCACUUGGGCUGGGAAUAUGGAACUACAGGCUGCUUCUCUUGUCACACGCAGUAAUAUUUGUAUUCACAGGAGCAUGUCACCGCGUUGGUAUAUACGCAAUUUUGAAGAUACACGAACCCGCAUGAUCCAUCUGUCGUACCACGAUGGGGAACAUUACAACAGUGUGCGUUCCAAGGAAGAUGCUUGUGGGGGACCAGCCAGACCUGUUAUAAUAGAGGCUGAUGCUAAAGUUUCAGCAGCAGCUAAACAAGCGAAAGCCACAGAGAGCAAGUCCAAAAACAAAGAUGAUAGACGUAGUGUGGAUGCUGGGGAUAUCAAAGUGGUUAUGUCUGGUAGUUGCUGUGACAAUGCUGAAAAAGCUGAACAGGUUCUAGUACAAGUAAAUGGUGAUGUCGAUGCUGCGAUAGAAUUCCUGCUAGCAGAGAAGGGAAUGGAUUCUUAUGAUUCAGAAACCGCCUCUGCAGCAGAUACCACAAAUGCAAAGGAAGUAAUUGAUAGUACAAUGGAUAAUAACGAGCAACACAAAGAAGAAUUGAACCAGGAGGAAUCAGCUACCUGCAGUGACAUCGAAACAGUCCAUGCCAAGUGCAGUUCACAGAUUGAUGAUAAGAAGGUCCCGAGGAAUAAAUCCUGUCCAUGUGGUUCUAAGAGGAAAUACAAGUCUUGCUGUGGAACAGCAACUGGGAGAUCCUCUGUUAAACUAUUAGUGAGCCAAACAAUGGAGUCGAAGAAGGGAAGGAAGAAUACGAGGAGAGGAACAUCAGAUGAAGUUGAAGCUAUUGCACCAGAUGUUGGUGCUCUGUGUAUAUAAUAUAUUACUCAGUCAAAUAAGGGGAAAACUGAUGAUUAUUUGAAGACUCACUGCAAAUUUCACAAAACAGCUUCAGGUCUGUUAUUAGUAUGAAAUUCAGUUUAGGAUUUAGUAGCUUUUGUUGUCUGAUUAAAUUAUUGAAAGAAGUAACUCUUAUAUCGACCCAAGAGCAUAUAUACUCA